CGCCCACCAUAUUCAUACACAGCACUAAUAGCGCAAGCCAUCAUAAUUUCCACCACAAAGCAGCUAACUUUGCGGGAGAUAUAUGACAGCAUCAACCGAAUGUACCCGCAGAUAUGCCAGGGCCCAGAUGUCGGAUGGCAGAAUACAAUCAGGCAUAAUCUGAGUCUCAACCAGUGUUUCCAGCGCAUCCCUCGGCAUCAAUUAUCACCAAGUCAAACCUCAAGACUGCGCGGGAAGGGCAGUUACUGGACGGUAGAUGUGGAGCUGAUGGAUCCAAAUACCAGGAAGCGG